CCCACCCGCCGCCGCCACCGCCACCGCCGCCGCGAGAGGAGUGGCAACCAUGAUGAUCUCCAGCCAGCCCGACCCUUUCUCGCCGUCGCAGUUCACCUCCUCCCAGAAUGCCGCCGCCGACUCCACCACCCCUUCGAAGACCCGGGGCGCAUCGAGCACCACGCCGCUCACCGUGAAGCAGAUCUCUGAAGCGCAGCAAUCUGGCAGCGCCGGCGACAAGGGCGCUCCCUUCGUCGUCGACGGCGUCGAGACAGCCAACGUUAGGGUUGUGGGGUUGGUUAGUGGCAAGACGGAGCGGAACACGGAUGUGUCCUUCACGAUCGACGAUGGCACCGGCCGCCUCAAUUUCAUCAAAUGGGUCAAUGAUGCUUCUGAUUCUGCUGAAACCGCUGCUGUUCAGAAUGGAAUGUAUGUUUCUGUCAUUGGUAGCCUCAAGGGGCUUCAGGAUAGGAAGCGUGCUACUGCUUUCGCUAUCAGGCCUGUAACCGAUUAUAAUGAGGUCACACUACACUUCAUCCAGUGCGUACGAAUGCAUUUAGAGAACAAUAAAUCAAGCCUUGCCAGCCCUGCAAAAACAAAUUCUGCUAUGGGAUCCUCAUCCUCCUAUGGUUUCAGUGAAAUGACCACUCCAACCUCCGCAAAAUCCAACCCAGCACCAGUGUCCAGUGUAACAGAUGGAUCAGAAACGGAUUUGCACGAACAGGUGCUGAAAAUUUUCCGCGAACCAGCAAACGUCGAGAGCGAGCAUGGUGUGCACGUUGAUGAAAUCGUGAAGCGCUUCAGGCUACCGACGCCCAAGAUCAGGGAAGCUGUUGACUACCUUGUUGAUGUUGGGCACAUAUACUCAACAAUAGAUGAUUUUCACUACAAGUCAGCGUUCAAUGAGUAGAGGGAGGCAUCAGUUGCUAACUAAUAUGUAUAAUCAUCUAGCCUAAGCUGGCUCCAAGUGAAACUGAAGAAGCAGCUCAAACUAUCCUAUUGGAUCUUGAACCUGUUCCUUUCUUGUUAACUCGAGAAACGAUCGAGAUGCUUCAUGCCAUGCUAACCAGUGUGAGUGUUGUUGUGCUCCAUCCAGUGACAAAUUUCAUGUAACCGUAUCUGUGUCGAGUGACAAAACAUAUAUAUGUAUGUUGUUUUGCAGCAUCAGCAUUGCUCGAUCUCUUUGGAUGCAGUUAGUUUAAUUGUGAUAUUGACACAUCAUAUCGAUCGAUCAGAGAGGAACUAAAGAAAAAUGAUACUGCUAAUUUAU